UAAAUUGAUGGGCCCUGGCAGCGUCUUGCUAUCAAAGAUAUAUCGCUUGAGAACGCUUUGCACGCGAACUGUGCGAUAUGCACGUUGCGCGCAUUCUGUUAAUGGGCGAGGGCAGUUCUGCGGAAAGCGAAACCAGAGCGUACUGGUGUUCGGCUGCCCCUUCACACCCACUGCAACCUUUCUUCGAACGAAGGUCACCCGAGGCUCGCAACUCCCGCUCAAAAUGAGCUUCAAGAAGCUAUCUGUGAAGAAUGUGGAUGUCAAGGACAAGAGAGUCGUCAUUCGAGUCGACUUCAAUGUGCCCCAAGAUAGUGAUGGAAAAAUUACGAACAACCAGAGAAUUGUGGCAGCCCUGGACACCAUCAAGUACGUUCUGGAUAAAGGCGCAAAGUCAGUGGUGUUGAUGAGCCACUUGGGUCGUCCGGACGGUCAUGUUAACAUGAAAUUCACCCUUGCCCCUGUUGCUGAGGAAGUGAGGCGCUUGCUGAAACGAGAUGUAAAGUUCCUGCCAGAUUGUGUGGGACCCGAGACAGAAAAGGCAUGUGCCGAUCCUCCGCAUGGCACUAUCUUUUUGCUGGAGAACCUGAGGUUUCAUGUAGAAGAGGAAGGAAAAGGAGUCGAUGCUAAUGGACAAAAGGUUAAAGCUUCUCCUGAGGCAGUAGCUGCAUUUCGUGAAUCCCUGACAAAACUUGGUGAUGUCUUUGUCAACGAUGCAUUUGGAACUGCUCAUCGAGCUCACAGUUCCAUGGUUGGUAUCAAACAUGACAAGAGGGCUGCUGGUUUUUUGAUGACGAAGGAGCUUGAAUAUUUCAGCAAAGCAUUGGAUAACCCUGCUCGCCCAUUCCUGGCCAUCUUGGGAGGAGCCAAGGUGAAGGACAAGAUUCAGCUCAUUGAGAACAUGCUGGACAAAGUCAAUGAAAUGAUUAUUGGCGGAGGAAUGGCAUUCACUUUCCUAAAGGUCACGCAGAACAUGGAGAUUGGGGGCUCUCUGUUCGAUAGUGAUGGGGCAAACAUCGUCACGAAGCUUCUGGAUAAGGCAAAGAAGAACAACGUUCAGAUUCACCUUCCUUGCGACUUUGUCACUGGUGAUACGUUCAGUGAGCACGCAUCCGUUGAAAAGGCUGAUGUGAAGAGUGGAAUACCAAAGGGUUGGAUGGGCAUGGACAUUGGUCCUGAGAGCAUGGCCAAUUUUCAAGCAGCAGUGAAGAGGGCUAAGACGAUUGUGUGGAAUGGCCCCAUGGGUGUGUUUGAGUGGGAGAAAUUCAGUGCUGGUACCAAAGGUGUCAUGGACGCUGUUGUUGAGGUGACCAAGGCGGGUGCCAUUACAGUUAUCGGUGGUGGUGACACUGCAACCUGCUGUGCCAAGUGGCACACUGAGGACAAGGUCAGCCAUGUCAGCACUGGUGGUGGAGCCAGCCUUGAGCUCCUGGAAGGGAAGGUUCUCCCUGGUGUUGCCUACCUUUCCGAUGACGCCAGGGCAGGAAGUGGUUGCGGCUGUUGCUUCAACCCCAUGGCUGUGGCCAAGCACUACCCAGCUCAGACAGCAGUGGUUUUGCUUGUAAGCAUGGGCAUCAUAAUGGCCAUCUAUAGGGCUCGUCGCCAGCAAUAAAACAACAGAUCCAACCUUCAUAUGCUUGCUGCGCUUGCCAUCGUCCCGACGCAUUGACCAACUUAGCAAUACCAAUACUUAUCGAACUUUCUAAUGAUAAAAAAAUUUGGAUGG